GUUUUCUUGUUAGAAAAGUAAAAUAAAAAUAAAGCAUAAAAUCAAAAAUCAAGAAUCAAGAAGUAGAAGAGAUUGAAAAGGGUGAAGGCAGAGAGGAGAGGAGUGGGGAGGAGAGAGGCAUUUGAAUGGCGGGCUCGGCGUCUGUGAUGGGUUGCGUGGUAGUGGGUCCUCCUCAACCCCGAUGGUCCAGUUUCAGAGAGGACUCUCAUCGGAGGACUCCAGCCUCUCGUCGCUCAAAUCUCAUCAUCCUUCGCCCUUCUCCUUCUUCAUGUUCCCUCGCUUGCCCUACUUCCACUACUUUUCAAUCCCUCAUUUCUUCCCGACCUCCGUGGCUACGUGAAGUUGGAAAUGGAGGAUCAAGAUCUUUGAAGAAAAAGAGUAGUUAUUGGAAUCAUUAUACUUCCAAUGAGCACGUGGCUGAAGCACCUUUAUCAAAACAACAUAAGUGCAUCUCCUGCUUCCUUAACCAUCCCCGAAGUUGUUCCAGUAUUAAAAGAUUUGUGCCAAGAGUCUUCUCUGAUAAAUCUACAUUUCCUUUGUUGAAGCACACCCUUGACAAUGUCUCUGUGAAAAGAGUUCGUGUUCUGAAUGCGACUGUGGGUCCAGAUGAGCCACAUGCAGCGAGUACAGCCUGGCCAGAUGGCAUUCUAGAAAAGCAAGGUCUGGAUUUAGUGGAUCCUGAAAUAGGAAGAGCAGAAUUAGAGGGAUUUUUAUGUUCUGAACUUCCAUCUCACCCAAAACUUUAUCGAGGACAAUUGAAAAAUGGAUUGCGGUACCUUAUUUUACCUAAUAAAGUUCCACCAAACAGGUUUGAAGCACACAUGGAAGUUCAUGUGGGGUCAAUUGAUGAGGAAGAUGAUGAGCAAGGCAUUGCACAUAUGAUUGAACAUGUUGCAUUUCUUGGAAGUAAGAAGCGUGAGAAACUUCUUGGGACAGGGGCCCGGUCUAAUGCUUAUACAGAUUUCCAUCAUACAGUGUUUCACAUCCAUUCACCAACUAGUACCAAGGACUCUGAUGGAGAUUUACUACCAUUUGUACUCGAUGCUUUGAAUGAGAUUGCUUUCCACCCAAAAUUCCUUGCUUCUCGAGUGGAAAAAGAAAGGCGGGCAAUACUUUCAGAACUACAGAUGAUGAACACAAUAGAAUACCGAGUUGACUGCCAGUUAUUACAACAUUUGCAUUCUGAAAACAAGCUCAGUAAAAGGUUUCCAAUUGGACUAGAAGAGCAGAUUAAGAAGUGGGAUGCAGAUAAAAUCAGGAAAUUCCAUGAGCGUUGGUACUUCCCUGCAAAUGCAACCUUGUACAUUGUGGGGGAUAUUGAUAACAUUUCAAAGACAGUUUACCAGAUUGAAGCCAUCUUUGGACAAACUGGAAUGGAAAAUGAAACAGCUGCAGCGCCUACUCCCAGUGCAUUUGGUGCAAUGGCUAGUUUUCUUGUUCCCAAACUCUCAGUUGGACUGGCUGGAAGUUUGUCUCAUGAUAGGUCACCGAUUCCUGUAGAUCAAUCUAAAUUUACUAAAAAGGAAAGACAUGCGGUUCGUCCUCCUGUCAAGCACAAUUGGUCUCUUCCUGGAAGCAAUGAGGAUAUGAAGUCUCCGCAGAUAUUUCAGCAUGAGUUGCUUCAGAAUUUCUCAAUUAAUAUGUUCUGCAAGAUUCCUGUCAACAAGGUUCAGACAUAUGGUGACUUGCGAAAUGUUCUGAUGAAGAGAAUAUUCCUUUCCGCUUUGCAUUUCCGGAUUAAUACAAGAUACAAGAGUUCCAAUCCUCCAUUCACCUCAAUUGAGUUGGAUCAUAGUGAUUCUGGAAGGGAAGGAUGCACUGUCACUACUCUUACAGUAACUGCAGAACCCAAGAACUGGCAAAGUGCAAUUAAAGUUGCUGUUCAAGAGGUUCGAAGGCUUAAAGAGUUUGGUGUCACAAAAGGUGAAUUAGCUCGCUAUUUGGACGCUCUACUAAAAGAUAGUGAACAGUUGGCGGCCAUGAUUGAUAAUGUGUCAUCAGUGGAUAAUUUGGACUUUAUUAUGGAGAGUGAUGCACUGGGCCACAUGGUGAUGGAUCAGAGACAGGGACAUGAGAGUUUGGUUGCUGUUGCUGGAACAGUUACCCUUGAAGAAGUCAAUUCUACUGGUGCUAAGGUGCUAGAAUUCAUCUCUGAUUUUGGAAAACCUACUGCACCUCUUCCUGCUGCUAUUGUCGCCUGUGUUCCAACAAAAGUGCAUGUUGAGGGUAGUGGUGAAAUUGAGUUCAAGAUAUCUCCAAUUGAGAUCACAGAUGCCAUAAAAGCAGGUUUGGAGGAACCCAUUGAGGCUGAGCCAGAGCUUGAGGUACCAAAAGAACUGAUAUCUUCAUCACAGCUACAGAAAUUAAGGGUAGAGCGAAGUCCGUCUUUUAUUCCUCUAUCUCCAGAAGUAAAUGUCACAAAAGUGUAUGACAAUGAAACAGGAAUCACUCAGCUCCGUCUUUCAAAUGGAAUUCCUGUAAACUACAAGAUAUCAAGAAAUGAAGCUCGAGGGGGUGUAAUGCGGCUUAUAGUUGGUGGUGGCCGAGCGGCAGAAAGCUUUGAGUCAAGGGGGGCUGUUGUUGUAGGUGUUCGGACCCUUAGUGAGGGCGGUCGUGUUGGCAACUUUUCCAGAGAGCAGGUUGAACUUUUCUGUGUGAAUCACCUGAUAAAUUGCUCUUUGGAGUCCACUGAAGAAUUUAUUUGUAUGGAAUUCCGUUUUACUCUAAGAGACAAUGGGAUGCGUGCAGCUUUCCAGCUACUCCAUAUGGUGCUUGAGCAUAGUGUAUGGCUGGAUGAUGCAUUUGAUAGAGCAAGGCAAUUAUAUUUGUCAUAUUACCGGUCCAUUCCCAAAAGCUUAGAACGAUCCACGGCUCACAAGCUCAUGUUAGCAAUGUUGAAUGGAGAUGAGCGAUUUGUUGAACCUAGUCCAAAAUCAUUACAGAAUCUGACAUUGCAGUCAGUAAAGGAUGCAGUGAUGAAUCAGUUUGUUGGUGAUAACAUGGAGGUAAGUGUGGUUGGGGACUUCUCAGAGGAGGAUAUCGAAUCUUGUAUUCUUGAUUACAUGGGGACAGUUAGAGCAUCAAGAGAUUCUGAGAUAGAGCAACAAUCUAGCUCAAUCAUGUUUCGGUCAUAUCCAUCUGAUUUGCAGUUUCAACAAGUCUUCUUGAAGGAUACUGAUGAAAGAGCAUGUGCAUAUAUUGCUGGCCCUGCACCCAACCGUUGGGGUUUCACCAUUGAAGGAAAAGACCUUUUUGAGUCUAUCAAUAAUAUCUCAGUUGAUGAUGAUGAAGAGCCACAAUCUGAGUCACUCUCAGAGAUGAAGGAUUGCAGAAAGGAUCUUCAAAGAAAACUCCGCAAUCAUCCACUUUUCUUUGGCAUCACAAUGGGGCUGUUGGCCGAGAUCAUAAACUCUAGGCUAUUUACAACAGUCAGGGAUUCUCUUGGAUUGACAUAUGAUGUAUCUUUUGAGUUAAGUCUCUUUGAUAGGCUUAAGCUUGGGUGGUAUGUGAUAUCCGUAACAUCAACUCCAGGCAAGGUAUAUAAAGCUGUUGAUGCUUGCAAGAACGUCCUUAGAGGUUUGCAUAGCAGCAAGAUUGCCCAAAGGGAGUUAGACAGGGCAAAACGGACCCUGCUGAUGAGACAUGAAGCUGAAACCAAGGCAAACGCCUAUUGGCUGGGAUUGUUGGCUCAUUUACAAGCUUCCACUGUUCCAAGGAAGGACAUAUCAUGCAUUAAAGAUCUCACGUCGCUUUAUGAAGCUGCCACUAUUGAGGACAUAUACCUUGCAUAUGAACAGUUGAAGGUAGAUGAAAAUUCCUUGUAUUCAUGUAUUGGUAUUGCGGGGGCUCAGGCUGCUGAAGAAAUUUCUGUAGAAGAGGAAGAGUCAGAUGAAGGCCUACAGGGAGUCAUUCCUGCAGGGCGUGGUUUAUCUACGAUGACACGGCCAACAACAUGACAUUCCUGGAUCACACGAUUGCUGUAUUGUUCUGAUACCGAGCAGUAUUAUGAGGUACGCUUGUGGUUGGCAUGGGUCAAUGCAAAGAAAAUAGAGCGCUCUCUGUUUCAUUUGAUUUGGACCUUUUUUUCUCUCCAAAUCUUGAGUCUUAUAAAUCAACAAUGAUGAAAAAAACUUGCCCUUCUAAUAAAAUGCCGUGAGAAAGGGCCUUGUCACAUCUUUCCUUUUAGAUCUUGCAAUUCACUGAGAAAGGGCCUUGGAAGCAAAUAUUAGAUGCCAAGGCAGCUUCCGUUUAAACCCCUUGACUAUGUGCUCAGAUUCUCACUUCUAGUUAUGGAGAGUCUUAUGGCUUCUGUUUUAUGUUUUAUCUGUCCUAAAGUGAAGAUGAAAGGUUUACUAUACAAAAUCUGACUGGUGAUGGGAUAUGAUGAGAAAGGCAAGGUUGUUUCAUUAAUUCUGGAAAAAGAGAUGGUUAGAUGAGGUGCCAAUAGAGCAGGGUUUGGAGUCCGAACUGCAAUGUUGGACUUUUUAAUUCGUUUCAUUAAUUCAAUUUAGAUGUGUUCUAUGAAUUCACCCAAACCACUGGCCCCUUGUAUUAUGAACAUUACAUACAGCCUUGGCAUUUCAUUAGCUGUGCAAACACUAGGAAUUGUGCUCUGGCUUGUAUUGUUAUUAUAUGCUCUGCCUGGCUUAAGGAUUGAACUUGGCACAUUUGGCAGAUAGGCUAUAGUGGGAAGGUAAUGGCGGGGGAGUUGUUCUUGCACAGCUUGAUGAGACAGGUGUAUGACCGUGAAAUUGUAGCAGAGAAUAACCACUUGGAGCUUCUACUCACAGCUCUCCUCGGACCCGUGACUAUCCAACCUGUUUUAACGUAUCCAUAUACAGUGGUUGGAUUUGCUUCAUUUCUCUUGUUUACUGUUAUUGUAAUUUACGUUCCAUUAUUAUUGAGAAGGGCAAAUGUACCAUAAAUGAGAGGUCAGUCUUCCCCUUCAUAUAAAUGCUGACCCUGAGGUGUAAUUUGAUCACAGGACCUUGGUAUCUUGAAGUUUUUUACCAGCAAGUGUUUGUCAGCUUCAAUUAUCAUUUACCUGUUGAAAGCCCAACUAUUUAUUUCGAUUAUAGAAGUAGUUGUUUGAUAUCA